UUAGCAGUGCAUGUAAAUAGCGAUAAUAAAUGCAUCUGCUGAAUUAACCUGUCAGAAUUUGAUAAUUUUCAUCUAUGCUCACCUUUUAUUGUUACGAAACCGCCAAAGUACACAAUGAAUUUGGGGAUUUGGAGGCAGUAUUCAGCUGCCUUCAUAGCGUCAUUAUCUGUGCUGAUGGCAGGAACUUCAUAUGGCUGGAUCAAUCCUCUUCUUGUCCGUCUGUUGGCCUCGGACAGUGAGCUACCCAUGACUGCAGAUCAGAGCUCUUGGGUAGUAGCUCUUAUCGAGCUUGGGGAUUUGUUUUCUCCACUGCCCGCUGCUUAUUUUGUAGACACCAUUGGACGCAAACCUCUGUUGCUGUAUACAUCCCCAAUGUAUAUUGUCAGCUGGAUACUUGUGCUUACAACUAGAUCUUUGCCUAUUUUAUACUUUGUGAGGAUUCUCCAAGGUUUUGGUAUGGGCAUAGUGUACACAGUUCUUCCUAUGUAUCUGGGGGAGAUUGCAGAGCCGAAGAUCAGAGGGGCCAUUAGUACCUUCUUCGAGGGUAUGUGGUGUCUAGGGAUUCUGCUGGAGUAUUGCCUCGGACCUUCACUGUCCUAUCAAGAACUAUCGGCCGCUUCCCUCGUGGUUCCUGUGGUGUUUCUUAUCACAUUCAUCUUCAUGCCGGAAUCACCUUACUUCUUCGCCAUGGUUCGCGACAGAGACCAGGCUGAAAAGUCACUUGCGUGGUUACGAGGGCAUGUUCUUGUAGAGGAAGAAUUGAAAGAGAUAGAAGAAUCUGUAGAGAAUGAAAUGAAAUCACAAAAGCAGUCUUGGAAGGAUGUGUUUGCAACGCGAGUAAACCGUCGAGCGUUCUUUAUAGUUCAAGUAGCGACAAUCACAAAGUUCAUGAGUGGUAUUGGAGCAGUGUUGUCUUAUUCUUCACAGACUUUCAACGGUGCCACAAGGUCCUUCCUCACUCCAGAUCAGUUCACCAUUUUGAUGGGAUCGUUGAUUCUUCUCAGCACUUUGGCCGCAUCUUUUUUUGUGGACGGAGCUGGAAGACGGCCAUUGAUACUUCUAAGUGCGGCAGGUUGUGGGGUGUUUGAGCUCCUAGCCGCCUUGUACUACUACCUGGACGAACGCACGACAGUGGACGUGAGCAGUUACAGUUGGGUUGCGUUUGGCAGUGUGGCAGCAUACUGUGUGGUGUUUAGUCUUGGUGUAGGGCCACUAGUGCCAGUGUUGCAGGCAGAACUGUUCCCUUCAAACACGAGGGGGAUGGCUUCAGCUAUCACCACUCUGACUGACACAUUUGCGUCUCUCCUCUGCAUGAAGCUGUACGAAGUGAUUGCGUCGAAUUUCGGAGUCUAUCUCAACUACCUCAUCUAUGCCGGGUUCUCUCUGUGUGGACUGGCUGUCAUGUAUUUCAUCUUGCCUGAGACCAAGGGCCGAUCAUUUGUGCAGAUACAGGCUGAUUUGGCAGCUUCCAUGGACGAGAAGAAGAAAAUGAUUAGGAGAGGAAGUGUUCGUUAUGUAGCUUUGUGAAUAAAAUGUUACCAUUAUGUUUCUAUUUAAAA